UGGAGUAUUAUCUAAUCUUUUGAUGAGACCCUGCUUGCGGCACUUGUCGAAAAAAGUGUCGUAAAUGCGACCGCGCCCGCCCAACCUGUGAACGAUGUCGCCUUAAAGGGCUACAUUGCGAGGGUUACCCCCCACGAUAUCGGUUCAUGCAAGAUCAUGUCUCCACCGUCAAUGGGCGUAGGGAUCGGUCAAGCCGCCCUAGGGAGGCGAGUUCCGAUCAGAUUUCUUUGGAUCCCACCCCAACAGCACCUAAUAGAAGGUCCAAGCGGCUAGGUAAAAGGCCAGCUAAUGCACAACAGCCAAAGCCUCCUUUGAGCAAGUCUUAUCGCCUAUCUGGAGCUCAUCAACCCGGAGAUACUGAUAAAAGAAACGCCGAAAAAACCAUUGACGAUCUCUUAAAAGCCGAGGAGAAUCAGGAUCUUCUUUUAUACUUUGAUAAGACCGUAUGCAACACCAUGGUCAUCGAUGCAGAUGGUGUGGAUAACCCAUUUCGGAGCUACAUUCUCCCCCUCGCAUACCGGGAUCUCGGAAUUCUUCACGCCGUGCUUGCUCUGAGUUCAUGCCAUAUCGUGACAUCCGAAAGCAAUACGCAAGCUAAAGUCAAUGCAGCCAUCAUGAUAGAGCAUCAGUUGUCUGCUUUGCAAUCUCUGAGCUCGCUUCUGUUAAAAGAGGAGCUGUAUAGCCUUGCGGAUGAGGAAGAAGACAUACUUCUUGCCACUGUUCUUUUGCUCGUUCUUCAUGAUGUCUGCGAGUCAGGAAUUUCAUCACACGGUGUGCAUCUCACGGGAACCGGCUUUAUUUGUAGAAAGAUUUGUCAACACCCGCAAGCGCUCGCUUCACCACGAACGACAUUUCUUCUUACGGCGUUAUCAUGGCUUGAUGUUCUGAGAGGGUUCAGUGGUGCUGAAAAAAUGGCGUACACGGAUGAUGUUCGCCGCUUCAUUUUGGAAACAGAAUAUUUUAGCCUUGAGACACUAGUAGGGUGUCCGGUCGAUCUCUUCUAUAACAUCGGCGGUGUUCUGGAGGCGGCAAAACAAUUCAUGGAUGGAUCAAUUACCCUCGGGCCAUUUCAAACCGCCCUAGACGAAGCGGACCUAUUCUUUCGCGAGUGGAACCCAGAAGAAUCGUCAUACCCGACUCAGUCCAGCGAUUGGAAGGCACUCGCCGAGGCAUAUCGCCAUGUUUGCAUAAUCCGAGUGUUACGCUUUCCAGACACACGAGCGAUUCCAUGUGAAGACCCACGCAUCCAGGCCUCUGUUGUUUCGAUUCUGGAUGCCUCAGCUUCCAUAUCCACCAAAUCCCCGUUCUUUAAACGUCUGCUAUUUCCCUUGUUCAUUGCCGGCUGUGAGAGCUCGAUCCCUCAUCAAAAAAGAUAUGUGGAUCUAUGCAUUGAUGAGAUCAAGAAAACAACUGGCUUCCAGCAUCUUGCAAUGACCAAUCUUUUAGACCAGGUGUGGGAUGCAAGAAAGCAACAGAUAGACGCAUCCAUCAACAUACCAUGGAUGGAAUAUACUUGUUCUACUGACCUAGUUCGACAACACGAUUACCUGUUCUUUUGACCAUCACGUUGACCUGCCUCCCCGCCAUUUCUCUCAAUGAACGUUAUUGACGUCGAAGUCUUUCUUAUGUAACAAAUCCUCCGUGCCGCUAUCACUGAAAGUUGAAAUAAAUUGGUUCAUCAGUGAAAGACGAAUCUUAUUCUAUCGCUC